AAAUACCUGGGGAUUCCCAUUGGGGGGAACCAUAGAAGGCUUAAGAUGUGGCAGCCAUUGCUUGAUUCUGUUAGGAAGAAACUGUCGAGUUGGACAGGGCGACAUCUCUCUCAAGGUGGUCAAAUUAUGCUCAUUAACUCAGUGUUGUCAAGCCUUCCCGUGUUCUUGAUGUCCGUUUACUUGAUCCUAAAAGGUACACUCAAUUCAAUUGAUAAAAUUCGUAGAAGUUUUUUAUGGGGUGGGGAGGGAGAGGAGAGAAAAAUUAGUUGGGUAAAGUGGGAAAUGAUUUGCAAGGAUAAGGAGUAUGGGGGGCUGGGUGUGAAAGAUUUGAAGAAGUUCAAUUUAGCACUAAUGGGAAAAUGGUGGGGUCGAUUAGCAAUAGAACAAGAGGGGUUAUGGAAAAGAGUUAUUAGAGGAAAAUAUGGAGUGGAAGGGGGUCAUUGGCAGAACUGGGUGAGAAAUGGAAAUGAUGUGGGCCCUUUAUGGUGGAGAGAUGUCCAAAGGAUUAACAAUGCUGAUAAGGACAAUGUUGGGUGGUUAGCGAAGGGGUUUAGGCUAAAAAUGGGGGAAGGUAAAGAUGUGAGCUUCUGGUGGGAUAAGCGGCUAUGCGAUGAGGAAGAAGAAGACACUGCCCACCUAUUUUUGAGAUGUAAAGUAGUGGAAUGGAUUUGGAAGGAGUGUGCUAAAUGGUGGGGGAUUUCUAUAAGGAUGGAGAUGGAUUGAUGGAAAACUUUCGACCACCUUGCUUCAUGGACCAAUGAUAAACGUCUCAAAAAUGGAUGGGAGUGCAUCUAGAAUGCAGUGAUCUGGUCAAUAUGGCUUUUGCGGAAUAGAAAGAUAUUUCAAGC